GACGAUCCGUCCAGAAGCCGGCACGGUUCAACAGGGAUGAUGUCUAGGUUGCAUGGAAUGACCGGUAACCAGGAUGUAGUAGGAGCGGAAGUGGAUGUAGUAAUAUCGUGUAGGGAGGAGGCUGGAGACCAGUUAAUUUCCUAGAUAGUACUACGUAGUAUGUCUACUACUAAGAGACAUCUGAGGCAGCGGCGCACGCCCGCACGAGUGGGGGCUUGCAAACAAAGUUUUGUCGAGCAUGCGACGUGAAAAGGCCGGCGGCUUCCAGAAUGAGACGGCGCGGGCGAGUCAACGAGAGGAGGGAGGGAUGUGUCAAGUCUCGGAAACGAAGAACCGAGUGCUUCGUAUGGAUGGAAGUUGGACGGAUGAGGUGGAGAGCGACAACCCUUCGCUCCUUGGUGGGUUCGGGAGUAGGAGAAGCCAGACGCUCGGAUGCAGCCACAGCUCGGAUGGUUGGAGUUCCGGCAGCUGGGAAGCGAGCGGGCUUCAACGAGACCAGCGUGAUCAGCCACGGACACGGAAAACCGAGGGACCGGCAGAGGGAGGAAUGGCGGCGCCUCGAUUAACGCCGCCCGUCUGGCCAUGCCUGAGUCGCUCGUUCGGGCAAUGUUGGCCACGAGAUGGCAUGACGGAUGAUCGUUGGGGCUUGCAAGCGGAUAGAGGCUUGCUUGUUCAACGGGGUCGAUCGGAAGCGCUUCCAGUCCCAAGCGACAGUGGUGGCAGCGACGAUGGUUGUGGUGGUGUCGUGCUCGCGUGUUUUGGUGCGUUCGUCAGUCGUCAUUCGGGGACCCUAUCAAACGCCAGCGAGUAUGGGACGGAAACUUCGGAAGUGAUGAUGGUGAUCCUUGGUUCGGCCAUUUCCGUGGUCUGGAAAGAGGAUGACGGGCGCGCGCUCCGUGGGGUCGGUGUUGACAGUAUCCGUAGUGACCACGGCAUGACUCGGCAGGAGACAGGAACGGGUCUGAUCCGUUGUCAGAAUUUAGAAGGGAACUUCGUAUGGGCGCGCCAGAGUUGGAGGGCUGAUGGAGAUCCGAGGUUUCACGUAGAGCGAUCCGGCAACCACGAAAAUUAACGUUUGCAUGGAUCGCACCGCCAACGAGCACCGUUACUAAUAGUAUAGACUUUUCGUUAUUGGUACCGUAGCCUUGGAGUUCGCGCGGGAUUAAUCAAUCCGCGUCAGGAGUAUCCGUACGUAUGUUGUGUUAUCGGUAAGAGGAUAUGGAUCGAUGAUGAAGUAAAU